AGUUAGUUUGUUGUGUUCUUGAAUGUGGUGUUGUUAAAUAUAUUGGUGAGCAUAGGACAUGUAAUGUGAUAGUGUUGUUCAAUGACGUUGCUGUAUAUCCGCUAACAUGUGAUAAGCCUCAAGGGGACUUCGAUUUUUUUUGUGAUUUUAAGUGCAUUGGAUUUUAACUUUACUGUGCAAUGGUGUACGAUAGAGACAGGCGACGCAGGAGUCGAAGUCGUGACAGAACUGAAAAAGAUAGAGAACGGCGUAGCCGUAGCCGUGAGAGGAAAGAUAAAGACAGGGAACGUAGAAGUCGCAGUCCCGAUAGGUUAGACAAGGAUCGAGACAGAUUAAAAGAAAAGGACCGUGCAAAAGACAGGGCAAGAGAGAGAGAACGCGACAAGGAUAAGGGCUAUUUGAAAGAUAAGGAUAGAGAUAGAAAGGAGAGAACCAAGAAAUCGAGAAGUUUAUCACCUGACAGACUGAAAGAUCGAGCAAAACGGCGACCGGACAAAGAUCGGUCAGCUACAGAGAAAGAUGGUGAUGACUCCAAACUUAAAGAAGAAGAUGAGGAAGGAUCACACGAACAUGAUGCGAAGAAGGAGCCAUUGUCGCUGGAAGAAUUGUUAUCCAAAAAAAAGGCCGAGGAGGAAGCAAGAAGCAAGCCAAAAUUUCUAACGAAAGAAGAGAGAGCCAUGGAAGCCCUAAGAAGAAGACAAGAAGAAGUGGAUUCAAUCAAGAAAAAACUUGAGGAGGAGCGAAAAAAACGCAUGGAAUUUGGCAAAGAAGCUGUAAAAACGUUUGAGACUCAACGAAAAGACAAAGAUUCAGAUAGGUCCAAGGAUUAUAGACGACAUGAACCUGUAAAAAAGGAUAAAGAAGAAGACACGCAGUAUAAUAAAGACAAAGAGAAAGAGGUCGAAGCCAUCAAGGAACGUUAUCUUGGUCUAAUCAAGAAAAAACGACGAGUCAGGAGACUUAAUGAUCGGAAGUUUGUGUUUGAUUGGGAUGCAUCAGAAGACACAUCAGUGGACUACAAUCCCUUGUACAAAGAACGUCAUCAAGUUCAGUUUUUUGGACGUGGAAAUUUAGCUGGAAUUGACAUAAAGGCGCAGAAGCGCGACCAGUCCAAGUUUUACGGAGAACUUUUGGAAAAACGCAGGACAGAAGCAGAAAAAGAGCAAGAAAAAAUAAGAUUGAAAAAAUUACGAAAGAAGGAAGAGAAACAGAAGUGGGAUGACCGUCAUUGGUCCGAAAAAUCGCAAGACGAAAUGACAGAGAGAGACUGGCGAAUAUUUAGAGAGGACUAUAACAUUACUAUCAAAGGUGGUCAUAUCCCAGAUCCUAUUAGAACUUGGAAGGAAUCAGGAAUUCCCAAUGAAAUACUUCAAAUUAUUGAGAAAGUUGGUUAUAAUGAGCCAACACCUAUCCAGAGGCAGGCAAUUCCCAUUGGCUUGCAGAACCGUGAUAUUAUAGGUGUUGCAGAAACAGGUUCUGGUAAAACAUUGGCCUUCCUCAUACCACUGUUGAUGUGGAUACAGUCUCUGCCAAAAAUUGAGAGAGUGGAAGAUGCUGAUCAAGGACCAUACUCAAUUAUAUUGGCACCCACCCGUGAGUUGGCCCAACAAAUUGAGGAGGAAACUAACAAAUUUGGCCAGCCAUUAGGUAUACGUACAGUGGUUGUUGUUGGUGGUUUGUCAAGAGAGGAACAAGGUUUCAGAUUGAGAAUGGGGUGUGAAAUAGUGAUUGCCACUCCUGGACGUCUUAUAGAUGUUUUGGAGAACAGGUAUUUAGUCUUGAAUCAGUGUACAUAUAUUGUUUUAGAUGAAGCUGAUCGAAUGAUUGACAUGGGUUUUGAACCAGAUGUCCAGAAAAUCCUGGAUUACAUGCCUGUGACAAAUCUGAAACCUGAUACAGAAGAUGCUGAGGAUGAAACAAAGCUUCUGGCUAACUAUAACACAAAAAAGAAAUACAGGCAGACUGUUAUGUUUACAGCUACAAUGCCGCCUGCCGUAGAGAGAUUGGCACGGACUUAUUUGAGGAGGCCUGCAGUUGUAUAUAUUGGAUCUGCAGGCAAGCCAACUGAAAGAGUGGAACAGGUUGUGUAUAUACUUCAAGAAAACGAUAAACGCCGCAAGUUGCUGGAGAUACUGGAACGUGGUGUAACUCCACCAGUUAUCAUUUUUGUCAACCAGAAGAAGGGUGCUGAUGUUCUGGCAAAAGGUCUUGAGAAAUUGGGAUACAGUGCUUGUACUCUUCACGGAGGCAAAGGACAAGAACAACGUGAAUAUGCAUUAGCUAGCCUUAAGAGUGGCACAAAAGACAUUCUUGUUGCGACUAAUGUUGCAGGAAGAGGUAUUGAUAUAAAGGAUGUAUCAAUGGUUAUAAAUUACGACAUGGCAAAAAGUAUUGAAGAGUAUACCCACAGAAUUGGCAGAACAGGUCGUGCUGGAAAACAUGGUAUGGCUAUAUCAUUCUGCACCAAGGAUGAUUCUGAUCUGUUUUAUGAUCUCAAACAGACUAUAUUGUCAAGUCCAAUAUCCACAUGCCCACCAGAAUUGUUAAACCAUCCAGAUGCACAACACAAACCGGGCACUGUAGUUACAAAGAAACGAAGAGAAGAAAAAAUAUUUGCAUAAUUAUGUGUGAACUACUGUGUUGUUGUGUGUGUUUGCUACAAAGUAAGUGUCAAUGUUGUAGCGUACAAAACCUCUGUUGUAUAAUAAUUUUGUGUGUGUGUUGUGCACUACAGCUGAAAUGACACUGCUGUACAAAACAUCUGUUGUAUAAUAAUUUUGUAUCAUUUAUUUUUUUGUUUUCAGUGGACACUUGAUGUUUAUUGUUUUGUGAUUCCUUACUAAAUUUAAAAAGUACUGAAGUUACAUAUUAUGGAAAAUAUUUUUGUAUAUCUUCGAAUGGCAUUUGGUAGUUAUGAUGAAUGCCAUUCUUUGUGGUGUGUUUACAAUUUAUCCCUGAUAUUCAUGUAAUGACAACAUUGUGCAACCAAAUUUAAGUGUAAGGAGAAAUGACAGGGGUUAAUGAUUCAUAGUGAUAGACGUUUUAAGUUUAACAACACUCAGUUAAUGUGCAUGCGAACAAAAAGGGGAAAAUGCCUGGCUGCUCUUAAUAAGUUGAUAGUUGUCGAUAGUAUCAGAGGGACAGCUCCUUUGUGACUACCAAGUUUUGAUAUUUCUUCAUUUAUGUUAAAUAUAGUUCCAGUCUUCAUAACGGUUCUACUGCACUAUUUUAUUUUUGUUUUAUAAAGUUCUGUGGAUUCCUUUUUUUGUUUUUCAUUGCAAAUAAAAUGCACAACUUUUCUGGAUUUUAAAUUGGAUUCAACACCACCACCAUCUUCAUAAUAUGUUAAAUAAAUAGAAUGUGUCAAUUAUUCUUCAUUUUGAUUAUAGGCCCUAUGAUUUUCAAUGUGCAACUUUAUUCCCAUAGAUAUAUUCUUUAGAUUGCUGUGCUUUUGAGAGCUGCAGGUAUUCAAGUAAAGGAAGCAUUUGCUAUCUAUGUAUAUAAUAUUUUAUGCUGCUAACUUGUUAAAUCUGUCGUUUACUUUAUAGUCUUUUUCUUUUCUUAUCUGAUAAAGUAUAACCCGUAAAUGAGAUGUCAGGAUGCUGACACUGCUCAACAGUUAAGCAUUAUGCACUGGCUUUCUCCUAAUUAGGAAGCUGUCGUGUUUAAUGUCAGUAUGUUACUUUUUAAGUAUAAUGUGAUGAAUUAAAUCCAGAAUGGUUGCUACUAUACACGAAUCUAAAAUACAGACUGUAAACUAUUUUUCAAGGGAAGUUUGCAUCCUCAUUUAAGUUCAAUAUGAAGUAUAUUCUGUUGCAAUAAUAAUCAGGAGUUACAAGGCUUGACAUUAACAAACGGCCAAAAUGAAUUAGGUACUAAAUUAAAAGUUCUUAAUGUUUCUGUUAGUUAAUUGAAUUUAUGGAAACAUUACAGUUGCAUGGGUACUUUACAUCACUAAGUACACAGUAAAAUAAGCUUCUGUCUAAUGCCAAUAAAUAUUUGUGAGGGAAAACAGAAGAUCAAAGGCUUUGAAUGACAGUGUGUUAGCAGACAUGUUAUUAACACUAAUUCAUUUGUUAGCAAGUGUGAAAGUGCUUUUUGUGGUAGUUAUUUCUGCAUAUUAAUGUAAGUCUUUCGAAUUUUCCAUGUCUUAGAAUAUUUUCGUAUUUGCUUCUAUCGGAAGUAUGUUACAAGUUUGUGUGCCGUCAGACACGUGCAAGGGUGCUAGUUUUUUUGAUGGCAGAUUGUUGUGUGAAGUUAUUUUACUGCGUCUUGAACUUACUUCAUUGUCUUUGUUGUGGCAUUGCAUGUGACCAUGCCAGUAAUGGCUGUUCAGUUUUAUUCACAGAAGGGAAACAUGAAGAAAACAGUUGACAACUAUUAAUGUAUAAUUUUUACUGUUGCAUUGUUAAUGUGUAACAGUUUUAGCGACCGUUACACUAUACUAGUGAAUUGGUAACUGUAUGAAAGGAUGAAAUAGAGUUUUACGGGCAGUGUGCCAUUGUUCAAGAAAAUAAAGUGUUGGCAUACAUUUAUCUUCAAACUCAAAACUGGCAGACA